AUGCCACAGGCACUAGUUUCAAGAACUGGAAUAGCCUACGAAGAUAGAGAGUAUUGGAACAGCGUCCUCCUCAUAUCAGAAGCCGUCUCGGCACUUGCAUGCAGCCCAAUAUUCGGAUACAUGCUAGACGUCUCUGGAACACGCCAGGGCCCAUAUCUAUCCGGGCUGGUGUUAUUAUUUGCCUCUAUGGUUAUCUUGACUGCUUCGCAUUCCGUGGCAUGGUAUGUGGCGGCGAGGGUUCUCCAGGGUGCCGCCACGGCUAUGGUCUCGGUAGCAGGUCUCUCCAUCGUGACGGACGCAGUUGAUAGAGGAAGCCUGGGACAAAUGAUUGGGUAUAUUGGCACGGCCAUGACACUAGGCUUUAUGUCUGGUCCACUGCUGGGCGGACUGAUCUACGAGCUUGGAGGAUUCUAUGCCGUUUUUGGCACGGCGUUCGGCAUUGUCGCUAUUGAUUUCUUCCUGCGAUUGGCAGUUGUUGAGAAAAGAACGGCGGAACGCUGGCUGUGUCUUACCGAUGGUGAACAGCCAAGUGAGGAGAAUGGUCAUGUUUCGGAGCAGCCACCUUAUGGGACCAUUGGGACUACAGCCACCGGCGCUCAUACUGCUACGGGAAUGUCUAAAGGCACUUUUGCGCUGGGCAAGCUUUUGAGACAGCCACGGAUUAUCAUUAGCCUGUGGGCGGUUAUUGUUGGAGCCCUCGUGGUGUCAGCAUUCGAUGCAACGCUUCCGAUUUUCGUGGAGAAUACCUUCCAAUGGGGUGUCCUAGGCGCGGGUCUGAUAUUCUUACCAGGAGCUUCGGCGGCGAUUCUUCAGCCAUUCUUUGGAUUCCUAUCCGACCGUGUCGGGUCAAGGAUUAUAACAUUCACGAGCUUCGCCAUUCUAGCCCCGAGCCUGAUCUUUCUUCGUUUCGUCGAGCACAAUUCACCAUCCCACAUAGCUCUUCUUUGUGUGAUUCUUGUGAUUGUCGGUAUGUGCAUUGACCUAAGCGAGCCAGCAUUGCUAGUGGAGAUGCAGCGUGUCCUGAACGACAUGGAAGCCGAAGACCCCGAAGUCUUUGGCCGCAGAGGCGCCGUGGCACAAGCCUUCAGCCUAGAAAAUAUGGCACAUUUUGGCGGGUUGGCAUUGGGGCCUAUGGUAGGUGGAUUUGUGGAGUUUAAGUAUGGUUGGAAGGUUAUGACUCUUGGGCUGGGGGUUCUUUCUGCGGUUACUGCAUUGCCUACGUUAUGGCUCAGUGGUCCUAUAGCUCCGGACACAUGGUCUGAGUCUGCCGAUGACGAGAUGGAACGGGAGCCUCUGUUGCCGGAGUAA